UCGACUCAAAGGUCGUCAUAAUUAUUACUAUAUCAAACUUCAAAGUUGUAUACAAUGAACAGUUAACAACUACUGUGGACUUUUACAAAAUGUCUGAAAAAAACAGAAAUGAUCAAAAAGUUUCAAUAUCUUCAAGAAGUAUUCAGUUCAUGAUAGCGAUAUUUGGAAUAUUUUCAUUUACACUAGUCAACAUCACAGUUAUUGUGAGACAAUUUCAUCCAAAGUGGAAAGAUUCCCCAAGUUCUAUGAUAUUGCAAACUGGAAUAACUCUGUUUGGUUUCUUGAUAAUCAUAUUUCUUAUUGUAAUAAGUCAAUUGAAUAAAACGUCUGAAAUGUUAAUAGAAGAAGAGAGUAAACAUGAAUCAAUAGAUAAAGAAGUAUUGGCUCGUCAAGAAACAAAAGAUGAUACAUACAUAUUAUCCGUUUAACAUUGAAUUUAUUCAAGUAAUUUAAUUUGUUCAGUUCAUUUCAAUGCAUUAGGUAUCUUAACAACGGUUAUCAUCAUGAUUUAUCAUAUUUAAUAUUUUAAACAUUUCAUAAACAAAUGAAUUAAUAAACUUCCUAAGAAUUCACUAUUAUAUUUGCCUUCAAGUUGUAUUAUUUAUUGGGCAUUGGGUAAACUUAAAUGAAUCAAAACAAUAAUAUAAUCUCACUAGUUGAAAUCAUGAGUCAAUUGAAGCUAGACUACCAUGGAAAACCUGGAAGCAAUAGACGGCCGUUUCAUCUUAGUAUGGGACUCCUCACAGUGCCCAUCCACGAGAAUAAUAUAAUCUAUUGAUGAAAUAAAUCAUUUCCUGAAUUUAAAUCACGAUUUGGUUUUAGCUACAUUAUCUUUAAAAACCUGGAAGUAUUAGACAACUGUUUCUUCUUAGUACAGGACUUCUUAAUAGUGAGUAAUCACAACACAGUGCUUCUUGAUUUUUAAUGUUGAUCCCAAUAAGAUCAGUUCGUUAUUUAAACUAUGAAAAAUCUACUAUUUCCAUAAAUUCCCCCAACCCCGUACAAAUAAAUAAUCCUUAGAGCUUAGGAAUAUUAAAAUCAGUAGUUUCUAAGAAAAAUAUCAACCUUCGUUGUGUGAGACGAAAACCUUUGUAGAGUUUAGUUUUUUUUAGUUUAUAGGGUGUGAUCAAUAUUGAUGGGGUAUAGACUGAAUUCAGUGUAUGUAGGUCAGUUUUUUUCCCACUUCAAUCAAUUGUAUUGUUAAUGCAUUUAAAAAGAUGAUGAUCUAUUACGUAAUCAAUUACGCAAAUAUUCAUGGUGGAUAAGUAGAAAAACAGAGAAACUUAGUUCAUAGGAUGUAAGAUUUCAGAAAAAGCUUGUAAAAAUUCCUUAUAUUACGAUCUACUCCAUUUCUUACACGAGUUUGGUAGCACUUCAGUUCAGUUUAUUAGUAAAGCAACCUCUUCACUUCGUGUCUACACACUUGAGUAAUAGGUUGGACUUGUAUAUAGGAAUAAUGCAUAUCAUUAUCUGAAUCGGAUGAUCAUCUAACGGAAGAAUAAGAAAGACUAAUACUGAAAAAUUAGUCUACUUUUGUUUUACCGGAACGAAAAAUAAAUGAACUGGUAGACAUUAAUUAUGGACUAUUACUAAAUAUAUUCCUAUUGGAUAAUUAUUAAGUGACUGGAAUAUAUAUACUUUUUAUCAUAAGCUUCCAUUUGGUCUACUGGCUAUUAUUAUACGAUUUACUAUUCUUAACUUAUUCCCAGUUUACCAGUUACAGUAUCCUACACUCACAGUAACUUUUGGCUUCAUAAGGUCUGGUUUACUCAUAUAUGGACCAAGUAUAUCUGAAAUGUGAUUCAUGCAGCGGAAGCUGAGAUUGUGAUCUAAACUGAAUGGGCUGGGCUAGGCGAGAAGCUACUACAUCAAGGACCAAUAAGGACACAGAGUUGUUUCAAGACUGGUGGUUUUGCUUAACGUGUCAUUGGUUUAGCAAAGGAACAAAGUCAUAUGAACCAGUAUUCUGAUUGGUGACUAUUUCACGUGAUAUUUGAUGGGGCAUAAGAUAAAACAACUUUUAGCUUAUUUACUUAAACGUUCUUUCCAUUUAAAAUGUUACGUAAAUGUCUAUCUGCUUUUUGGGUCUGUAUAGAAGUAAGAAUCUUAUCUGUUCAUAUAUGAUGAUGUUUGUUAAGGAGUAAGUCUUAUAGACUUGAUCUGAUCUUUACUUUUAACAUAAAGUCGUACGACGCAAUUUUGAAUCGCAUAUUGAUGUAGAUGUUUGUUUUGGAAACAAAAUUAUCAGAGCUAUUAACAUUAUUAGGCUUCUAUACGGUUCUUAUAAACGUACAGAGUACACAUUAUGUACAUAGUCUGUUUUUUCAUUUGCACAUAUUUAUAUUUAUAUCCGACAUUACGGAGUAAACCUUGUUUGUAUAAAAGUAGUAAAAUUGACUAUAGAACAUAGAUACUACACCUACCAUGUAUAUAUCCUACAUAUGGAACAGUUGAUCAACUAAUAUCUCAUCCAAUUAAGAGUAAUUUUGGGAAGAACAUUUAGUUAAUAAUAUCUUUUCCCUAUUCAGUAUGCAUUUGUAAAUAAUUUUUCAGUUUUUUUUUAUAUCCUACAUGCAACCCUUUAAUACUUAACUUAAUUUAGGCGGUGAUAAAUUUCCAGUUAACAAAUGUUAUAUUCUAAGCAUAGAUGGAUAAUAGCUAGCAGUGGAAUCCAGAACGUACUGGAUAUAC